AUGAAGGUCGGCAGUGUCCUUGAAAGGAAGGAGUUGGCGACAAUCUUGGCUUUUGGCGUGGAAGUGACACCAGAGGCCCAACAACUCUCUGAUGAGUUGGGUGUAAACAUUUUUACUGCCGAUACAUUGAAUAACUUGUGUCGUAUGUUUAAGUCGUAUAUCGAUAUUCUCAAGGGGCGAAAGAAGAGGGAAGCGUAUGAGGAGGAGGUGGUGUUCCCAUGUGUUGUUAAGAUUUUGGAUACAGAUUUUGAUGCCAAUGAUCGUUUUGCCUUGAGAAUCGAUGUACUUGAAGGCAUUGCUAAGGUUGGAAAUCCACUCUGUAUUCCUCAAAGGGGCUUCAUCAAUAUCGGCCGCAUUGCCGCGAUUAGAGAUAUUAAUGACAAACCUGUUGAUUUAGCAAAGAAAGGGCAGGUGGUAACCAUCAAGAUAGUUGGCACCAGUCCGGAGGAGCAGCAAAUAGAGUUUUGUAGGCAUUUUAAGAUUGAUGAUGUGCUAGUAAGCCAUAUAUCAAGAAGGUCCAUUGAUGUGCUAAAAGCUUAUUAUCGAGAUGAUCUAUCCCCGGAGGAUUGGAGGUUGGUCAACAAAUUGAAGUGCAUUUUCAAGAUUCCAUGAGAGAAGUAUGAUGAUAUAUAUAUAUAUAAUGCC